AUUAAAACGUCUUUUCUUCCAAAUUUGCCAUCAUUGCAAUUUUUGUCGCAGCCAAUUACCCUACUGUAUUGUAUCAAUUGUAUUUUGUUGCUGAUUUAUAUUGAAUUGAACAAUUCUAAAAAAGCUUUCUACAUAUAGCUGGCUGACAACAAUUCAAAACAGAAAAUUACUUCAUUCAUCCCCGAUACUUUGUACGGCAUUUUUUGGUAAUAAUCAAUUUCUGAAGUACUGUGCCUGCGUAGCAGUUGAAACAAGUCCAAGCUGUUGAAUUUGCCACAAUUAUAUUUGCAAACAUCGUCGUCGUCGUCGCAUAGUGCGCGGAGUAACAACAUGCCAGUACAUGAGUUUAAAGUGGAAAUGACCUGUUCAGGAUGUGCAAACAGCGUAGAGCGGGUGCUAAACAAGUUGGGUGCGGAAAAGGUUGAAAAAAUCAAUAUUGAUCUUGAUUCAAAAACAGUGCUUGUAACGUCCAGUCUUACAGCAGAUGAAUUGCUGGAGACCAUAAAGAAGACCGGUAAAGCGACGCAGUAUGUUGGUGUGAAAGAAUGAAAUGAACUUUUUUGCAAAUUUCGUAAAAUUGCCAAGUUAAAAAUGGAAGUUUAAAAAAGCGACGAAUUGGGAGAGAUUGUGGCAAAGAAAGCGAACGUAAACACAUCUGUGUAUGGCCAAUUAUAUUGAUAUUUUUUAGAAAUAAAAUUUUAAUAAGUAGUUAAAAAACAAAUGAAAAAUUUAAUAAGUAAUUGAAAAUUUAAUGAAGGAUCAAUUAAAUUGAUUUAAAUAUGUACAUCAAACGGAUAACAAUUUAUUGUAAGCUAUUAGAGAAUUUAAGCAGUUUCUCGUUGUCAAACUAGUGUUUAAUUAACAAAUUUUCAGCUAAACAAUUUUUAAAUAUACAAUAGCUAAACAACUAAAACGGAUACGAAUCGAUUUACUAUAGAUCAAACGAAUAAAGUUACAUAUUUACACAAUUU